AUGACCCAAAUAAAGAUCUCAUUCCAGGAGCGCCCCCCCGCUGGAUACACUUUCAUUCCCGCUGGAAACCCCGAACUCACCAACGCGUUGAAGGAAUUUGCACGCCGUGGAGACCACAAGAUCUACGCCGUAACGAUCACUCCACAUGCUGCACGUCAUGAGUUGUCGAGGGAAGUACAUCGUGUUGGCUUCCAUUUUCCGACAAGGAUUGUCGACCAAGUUUGCGCCCACUAUGGUAUCCGCCUCAACGGCGAAGGAAAGGUCAUCGACGAAUCAAAUGAUGAGACGUUCUUUAGUAAAGUUUACCGCAACACGGAUGGCCAACGUCCAGUAGAAGAGAAGGAUCAGGUCACCAUCAAUACUGAUGCCAAACAGACCAUCAAAGAUUUGUUUCCCAACAUCCCCAACAAUGAUUUGUACCAGAUCAUCAAAACCGCGUUUCAACUGGGCGAUCGCAGAGUAGGUACUGCGAACGAACUGCCGCUCGUUCGAAGAGCCCAGCUCUCUGUUGUCGCUCACAUUCGCCACAACUACACUCAGUAUGACAAGUUGUUGAGACAAAUGCCAUACAAUGAGGCCCGUCAUAUGGUGGAAAAGGAGACUCUCAUAAAGCUCAUUGAGUGGCGUGGUGGUGAAGACACCACCCUCGAAGCCGCUACAGGUGCCGAAAAUGAUCUGCUUAAAGAGGUCAUUGUCAUCUCCGACGAGGAAGCCUCUGAGAGUGAUUCAGACCACGUCGAACCCUUGGGCCAGGACCGUGUUCAGGUUGAAGAACUCGCAAGCAUUUCCUACGGUCCCGGCUCUGGUCGUCCCAUUUCCCCUUGGCCGGAAUUGGAGCGCGAACGCAUUUUGGAAUAUCCACCGGCAGUUCGCGGCUACAGACCAUCUGCCGCUGAGAUUGCCCGACGAAAUCAAAGCAGAUACGAUGUCUGGGAACAAGCUAAGCGAGAUUAUCGCUCCAGCAUCGCGCAGAGGCCAGUCGCGGGUUUGGAGAGACUCUACGAGCCUGCACCGGCUCCACCUCCACGCGUUCUUGUCCCUCUUGACCCUCCAACCCACUCACCUGCCCAGAUAUACCACACUCAAGCUCCUCCCACAAGCAUGGCGAGAGCAGAUUUUGACCCACCAAUUCGCAGUCGCCAACCGAGCCCGCCCACGUAUAUCAGAGAUGCGAAUGGCAUUUUGUAUGAACGCAUCGAUACUCGGCCCCAUGCAAACAACCCAGACACACCACAGCGCUAUCAAAAGCAACUGGCACCGCCUGCCGUCGGAACGCAAGUCAGAACACGACCUCCUUCGCCUCAAGACUUCGCCCGUCAAGACUCCUGCAAUGGAAAUCUUGAGAGAGGCAAUAGUGCGAUAUUGCCAUCGAUUGAAGGACCUGAUGGGUCGUAUAUGUCUCCCCGGCUUCGUCGAAAUCCGUUUGAAGCACAUUCUGAGCCUCGUGACACUAACUCAGGACGAGAAGACGGCCGCAAUGCCAGGGAUGUUGCCUAUAUUGACUUGACCCACAGCUCCAGCCAAACACCCAAGAGACGUCGAUUGGAAGAGGUGCCACCCGUCCCAGAACGCCGCCCGAACAGAAGAGAGUCUCCUGGCAGGCCUGUUGAGCAUCGCUACAUUCCGCAGCCUCAGCUGGUGGCUGCUCGUACUGAGAAACGCACAGCUGAUUAUGGUGAGCCGCGACCCAGCCCACGUCCACAACCGGCGAUUCCUGUCCGGGACAAUGCCUAUGUUGACCGUCAGGCCCGCUACGAUGCAUUUGAUUCUACGCACUCUGUUGUACGUCUCUAUGAGCCCAUGCCUGCUGUUCAUGACCUACGUGAGACGACCACGAUUCAGCGUCGUUACCACGCACAGAACUUCGCCGCGACUAGCGGCAAUGAGGUUGAGCCGAUUCGACCCACUCGGGAUCUGGGAAAGCAACCAUUGCUUCCAGUAGGUCAGUUCUACGAGUCCAUUGGCGAGUCUCGCGCAUACGACAGCAGGAUUGCUCGGGAGCAGGAGAUGGUCGUGCGUGAACAAUAUGUGCAACCUGCUAUGCAAGAAUCUCGUGUGCGGUACAUUUAUCCUGACGGAUCCAAUGGCCGUGAACCUUUACAAUCUUUACCUCCACAGCGUAUGCCUGAGUAUGAUCGGCCAACAGCGCCUCUGCAUUCGUAUGCACGCUGA